GCACUGCAAGGACUCGACUAACAGACCUCAUUUCGGUAACAAUAUGCGCGGGCUGCGAAUCUCCUGGUUCCUGCAAGCUAAACGCCUCUCUGUGCCAAUGAGGUGUUCGCUGGCACCAGGUCCGCCCUUGUCUUGAAUCCCGCACAUUCCUUCGUCCUUCGUCAGCCCGCCAACCUAUCUAUACGGAAUUUGUUGUCUGUCCACAUUGUUUGUGAAUGAAUCCUCUUGUCCAUAAUGUUGUUGAUGAGGUGGAACCCCUCACGAUGGGUGGCCUUGACAAUGCGAACAGCAUCCACCUACAUCAUACUGACGCCUAUCGGGGCUUAUCUCAUGACCGAGCGAAUUCCAGAGAUCCCUAUACCCGCGGCCACGUCCUUAUCCACUUCAGAUGGAUAAUACCAUGCUUUUCACUGGCUUGCCUUGGUGGAUUUGCGGUGUGAUGUAACGGGCGAGGGCAACUGAAAGGGUAAACCGCCUGAUCUUCGGCAUCUUGCCGGGGCUGGGGCUGGGGCUUCAGGGCUCUAUAAGAGCCUUGAAUAUCAGGGCUCUAUAAGAGCCUUGAAUAUCAGGGCUCUAUAAGAGCCUUGAAUAUCAGGGCUCUCUUGAACUGGAAUGUCAACAACUUCACGGCGAUAGCCCCUGGUACACCAUUUAUCUGUCAGCAAGCUGCAGGACAGCUUAGAUACGAGCUCGAGUCCUAUCUAAUGGCGACCUCAGACCUCCUCUUCUCUCCUCCAGACCAGCGAGAAUUUCCCCUCGCGUACCUUUCCGUAUUCCGCGUCCAGUUCCUCCUCAUCCUUCUCGCCCCUAUAAUUUUCUACCUCAUCCACAGCAUCCGCAAAGACUACCAUGCCUUCCUCGCCCUCGGUCCCGGCGGAACCCCAUCAACACCAGCAGGCUACCUCCGCAUUUGCAUCCUUCGUCUUUUCACCCUCCGAGAUCCCCUCGACCCGCCUUCCAUUCCACAAACCCUCUACCCAAAGACCGGUUUCCUGUCUUCAGCCAAAAUCGCAGCCCGUUCAGGGCCCCGCCCAACCGUAGCAGGAAUUGCUCCGCAGCGCCAAAUAACCCAGAAAGCGGGGCCGGUCAUGUACGAUGCCCUGGCCUCAGAAAUCCACCGCCUCGCACUCGAACACCCAAACACGCUGUACACUGCGACCUCCUGCUUCGAGAAACACAGCACAGGCAUCUUCUACCGCUUCCCGACCACCACGACUGCAGCCGCAUCCAGCAGUAAAUCCCCCAAAACUACAUCUAGCACCCACAACCACCGCAUCACCUGUAAUGGCGAGGUCUGCCACUCGCAUCCUAGUGACGGAAGCCUGCACCUUACCCUACAUCCCGCAGACGUGAAGCUCGUCCUCGAGCGCGGUUGGGCACAGCGGCACCCACUGGCGAGGGAUAGUCUGUGGUGGAUGAUGAAGCUGGUACCGCCGGGAUUCGUGAUGAUCUAUGCGCCGAGAGACGAUGAGGAAUUAAAGGUUGUUGUGGAGAUUAUAAAGGCUGCGGCGUGGUGGGUUGGGGAAAAGGAGGUGCAAUAG